ACUAGACAAAACAAUUUUCACAAUUUAAAGCAUAAUUUUUAAUUUAAUAAACCAACUAUAUUAUCAUUUGAGCAAUAUCAGACUAUUAUUUAAAUGGCUUUUUAUUAUUUCAAGUUAAUUACAAACACAUACUAGUAUAAGAAUAAUUCUACGAACGACUCAUAAAACAGACCAAUCAUAACAUAUGUAUUUUCAAAACACUGACGUUUGCUGUCAAUUAGUUCACUAAAAUGAACUUGGAUGUAAUUCUAAAUACAUUGGACUUCACAGGUCAAGCUGGAAGAACCCUUACUACAGAAGAGAGCACCGUUUUGUAUAACUCCUUACUGAUAUUGCAAAACGAGAAUCACUUCAGCAAGAUUUACUUUUGGGGAAAAAUAUUCGGGGCCGAAAAGGAUUAUUACAUAUCGUAUGGUUUUGUAAAAGAUGUAUUAAACGCAAGAACUUUUUACUACAGUCGAGACUGUGUGAACUGGGGUCUUUUACCACUGCCUACAGAAAACGGUAAACUUUUAACUCCGUUAUGCACGACCAUAUUUCAAGGCGAUCCAGCACUAGUCAUAGACGUUCUCAUUGAAAAAGGUGAGACAGUGAAAGAUGUUACAAUCGAAACACCCCAAAUACGACGAUUGAAGGAAGAAGACCGAUUGUCCGCAACUGUUUAUUAUUUAAAUCAUGAAGCAGUUUUAAUUCCAAGGGGUGCACUAUUCAAAAGACCGGAUGGGGUGGUCGUCGAAAACAGAACAUUCGACGGACUCACCGAAUUGGAAUCAAGAGAGAUUAAAUCGUUUUUGCAUUACAGACCUCCAACUCAAAUGUGGAACACAAAUUUGUUAACUAGGGACGAUUUUACAUUGGCCAUUGAUUUUUUGGAUUCAUGUGACACUGAUAUUCCAGAAGGAUGUUAUAUGCAUCAUUUAGUGGCUGGCGACACCUUGGUAGUGAUUAAACCAAUGUAUUGGCCUGGAAUGCUAUUUUUCCACUACUUGAAUACUCCCAGAUACGGAUUUGUGUAUUUUGGUCAUGGAAAAAAAUGUUUGGAUGUCCCAUUUUUAUUGUUACCCAACCUGUAAUUUUUUUAUUGGAGAUUAAUAAAUAUAAUAU